CCACUUCCUUCUAUCCGUUUGUUAUCUAUCUGUUUUUGAAGAAUGUCAGUAAGUCUUUUUGCACCCACCUAUUUGCUCCAACACAAACUUCAAUUUAUCCACCAACAAUGGCUUCUCUCCGAGAAUUGCUCGCCAAAGAAGGAUUCGAGAAGGGAAAGCAUUUGAAGAGUCAAAAGCUAGUGAAUUUCAAAGACAGGUCGAUUGCGCCGGAAUAUGAGUCAAUAGCAGUGCCAAUAUACAUCUGCCAUGAUCGAAAAGGGUACGAGAAGCAGCAGGUCACAAAGGCCAGUAAGAAAAAUAGGUCCUCUAAAAGGUUGAGUACUGAUUCAGAGAGGACAAGUUCUAAAUCAUUGAUGAGUGAUGGGCCUGCAAUGGAUGAUGUAGCCAUUAGAGCAGUGAUAUCAAUACUUGUUGGAUAUAUUGGAAGGUAUAUCAAUGAUGGGAGUUUCCGGGAAAAGAUUCGAGCCAACUGUAAGUCUUGUUUGUUGAGAAGAAGAAAGAAUUCCGACAACAUGGUUUUCGCAGAUAUGGAAUUAGGAAUGGAGAGUAUUGAUAAGUUGGUGGCGGAGAGACCAAGUAAAGUGGAUUUGAGAAUGAAGUCACUAACGAAUUCAAUUCAGCUUUUGAGCAUUGUUGCCUCUUUAAAUUCUAACAAUUCAAGGAAUGGAACAACCUGUGGAGUACCCAAUUCCCAUCUCUCAGCUUGCGCUCAGUUUUAUUUAUCGAUCGUUUACAAGCUCGAGAACAACAGUCGAAUUUCUGCUCGGCAUCUGCUUCAAGUCUUCUGCGACGCACCAUUUUUCGCAAGAACCCAUUUGUUUCCUGAUCUUUGGGAGCAAUUUUUUCUCCCACACCUUCUCCAUAUUAAGAAUUGGUACCAGGAGGAGAUUGAGUUUAUUAAAAACUUGGACUCUGUCAACAGAGAGAAGAGAAUGGAAGGAUUACGUAAAGUCUACGAUGAACAGAUGGACACGGGUACUGUCAAGUUUGCGCUGUACUAUAAGGAGUGGCUUAAAACUGGAGUUACUGCCCCUUCCAUUCCUGAUGUGAAUUUUCCUUCAAGACCAAGUUAUGGGCCAUCAAUGAGGAGAAAAUCAUCAGAUUCUUAUAGUUCACAAUCCUCCAUCAACAAAAAUCUAUAUCAAACUGUUUUUGGCCACUCACUUGAGCGGAGAUCGAUGGACGUCGGUCUUCAAAAUCGCAAUUCAAUCCACAAAUGGACUUUGGAGGAGGAGGAGGAAGAAGAAGAAAAGAACAAGAUGUGGACUCCCGGAAGGUCAUCAAGCCAGGAUAUGUGGACACACAGAAGGUCAUCAAGUAACGAUUCCAAAAUUCCAAGAACUGAACCAUCACCGCAGACUCAGAGAUUAGGCCAUUUUCAAUUCCUCUCCUGUCAAAGCGUGCUAAUCGAUUGCCUGGUGAAUGGCAAUGUUAUACCAAGAGAUACUUCAAUAAGAAGGGAAGUGUACGUAGCUCGUCCUUUGAGCGAUUUGAGUAGUUACACUACUACUCUUUGCUCCUCAGAUAAUCUAUCUGAGUGUGAAAUUGCAAUUCGUCAGAUCGCAAAAGCUUGGUUGGACUCACAGGGUGCUCCCACCAUUGAAGCUGCAAUAUCAAGGGCACAAGUAAUUGAGGGAAUCCUCGAGGUUUUGUUUGCUUCCAAGGACGACGAAAUUCUUGAAUUAGCAAUCUCCAUUUUAGCAGAAUUGGUCUCAAGGAAUGAGGGUUUGAGGGAGACUAUUCUAAACUCAGAUCCUCAGCUUGAAAUCUUCAUGGUGCUUUUGAGUAGUACUAGUUUAUUUCUUAAAGCUGCUGUGCUGCUCUAUCUGUUGAAGCCAAAUGCAAAAGAAAUGGUAUCAGUUGAAUGGAUUCCACUAGUUCUCAGAGUCUUGGAGUUUGGUGAUCAGUUGCAGACGUUAUUCACGGUGCGGCGCAGUCCUCAAGUAGCAGCAUUGUACUUCCUGGACCAACUUCUAACAGGAUUUGAAGAAGAUGGGAAAAUAGAAAAUGCUGUUCAACUUGUCGCUCUUUGGGGAUUAAACUUACUUAUCAGAAGUAUUGAGAAGGGAGACAUUUCUGAAAGGAACAACACUGCCUCGAUCCUUUCUCGCUGCAUUCGAGCUGAUGGAAGCUGUCGGAAUUAUCUUGUCAAUAAUUUGAACAAGGCUUCUCUUCUGGAGCUAAUUGUUCUCGGAAUCAGACAGUCCUCAAAAGGCUGUGCUUUUGUUUUACUAACUGACUUACUUUGUCUCAGUAGAACAACACAGAUUAUUAAAUUCUUAGAGGAACUGAAUAGUGGAUGGGGUGGAUUAAGUACCACUCAAAUCUUUUUAGUCUAUCUCCAGAGAGCUCCACCAGAAGAACGCCCGCUGGUCGCAGCAGUCUUGUUACAGCUUGAUCUUCUGGGAGAUCAUUUGAGGUGCAGUGUAUAUAGAGAACAAGCAGUUGAUGCAAUCAUAUCAUCCUUGGAUUGCAAGCUUUCUAAUGAAAGCGUCCAAGAACAAGCAGCAAUAGCUCUCUUUAUGCUAGGGGCGCAUUUUUCAAGAGUUGGAGAGGCAACAGAAGAAGAAUGGCUUUUACAACACACAGAUUUCAGAUCAAAAUAUUCAUAUAAUGGACAGGAAAUAGCUUUCGAUGAAGACCUGAAUGAAGAGGAAGAGGAAGAGGUAAGGGAGAGUUUGCGACGAAAACUAGCAAUUGCUUUAUUUAACAGUGGCGGCAAGAGAUUCUUGGAUGCGCUUACCAAUGCCAUAGCCAACAGUACUUUGAACUUGGCAAGAGCAAGUCUUUUCACUGUUGCAUGGAUGAGCAGUUUCUUCAAUUCAAUUGGAGAUGAAAACUUCCAGUCCGUGGCAUACGCAACAUUGGUGCCUCAGUUGCUCGAAUCCACCAAUUCUGAGAGAAUUCUCGAGGAAAACCUACUUGCUUCUUUUUCAUUACAGCAUUUUGUAAAGAGUUCAGCAGAACGCUUUGCUUCAUUGUCACGAGAUACAAGGCUGAGAGAACCUCUCUCAAAUCCCUGUUGACAUGAACAGCUGAUGUGCUACCUCAGUUAUACCUAAGGCAUUAGUGUUCUAAGAUGGAAUUUUCUCUUUAGGAGUGUGCAAUAAUGUCUAUUGGCUGUGUUCCAGGAAUAGAUUAUAGUUUCUUGAGGCUUUUGCCUUGUA